AGCAAACCCUCACUUUACGCAAGUCUUCAGCCUAAUAAAGUUGCCUCUUACCAACUCCAUCCUCGGAGCCGCCAUGUUUAAUACCAUCAUCACUCAAUCAUGAAGCAAAUCAAAGAAGCGCUGGAUGAGGAGGAGGAAGCCUUCCUACAGCAUGGCCAAACCCCCAUACCGGAACCGCGCGGCACGCGAUGGCGGACGAGGGACUAUAUCCGACUGUUCUUCGAGCUCGCGAUGGCGUGUGCGAUAGCAGCCCUGCUCGUGCGCCAGUCCACGAGCCCAUCUGGCUGCUCCCCAAUCCGCAGGACGCCAAUGCCGCAGCUGCCACGGAAACUCUACACCUUCCAGAGCAACUCACGGUACAACCCAGAAGACAUGUUCACCAACAAAUCCGCCACGCUCCAUGCGCUGCACAACUGGAUCGAGCUGUCGAGCGCCGGGCGAGGCUACGUCCGCGCUCCUUCUUCUGGUCAUUACGACCUCCCUAGGCCGUACACUAUUGCCAUCGACCGGCAUAACGACGGCCCCGGCUACAUGAUAUCGGCUUUCCACCAAUUACACUGUCUCUCGUACCUCGCGGUUCACUUCCAGGAGGGUUACGAUGGCGUUAAACUAGAAGACGAGAUUGCCCACCAUUCCGUGCAUUGUUUCAAUUAUCUGCGGCAGGGGAUCAUGUGUAAUGCAGAUACGACGCUCGAGGGACAGACGGAUGCGGGGCCAGGAGAGGGGAGUGAGCAUGAGUGUGUGGACUACGAUGCCCUGUUGGACUGGGCGAAUGAGAAUGCGGGCAUGAGUUGGAGGAAUGGGUUGCUCCCAGAGGAAGCGACAUUGUAAACAUCAGCCCGAGUGCUAACAAUCC